CCCACUGCUGGUUACAACUGGGGAUGUCGGCCGACUUUCUGGGACAAAGGAGGAAAGCGAAGACAAAAAUAGCUGUCAUCAUAAUACGUUACUAAUGAGUUUUACAUUUUUAUGAAGCUCGAUGUCCGUUUGCCUGCAAAGCAUAAUGGACUCUUUCUGAAACGCAUCAGCACAUCUCGGGAAAGAAAUGCUCUGAACUUGGGGCUACGUUCUUAACUUAGUGAGCAGCAGGAUGAACGAGACGCCGCAGUCCAGCGGUGAGGAACAUCAGGGCAGCUGCGUGUGUUCCCCCGAGGGUCUCCCGCCGCUGCCCAAGAGUCUCAGCGGGUUCCUGACCUCCAGCGGCGGCUCCUGGCGAGACAUGGGAAAGGUGCAGAACACGUGUGUGCGUGUCGGGGUAGAUCUCAGCCAAGCGGGGGCACGCGGGGACGCGUCAACAGGCAGUCUGCGCAAACACGUCGGCUUGGACGGCGCUCUAGCGUUGCUGCGCAAAGAGAUGGUCGGUGUGCGUCAGUUGGACGUGUCACUUCUCUGCCAGCUGUGGUCUCAAUACGAGGCCGUCCAGGAGUACAAGGGCAGCUCUCUUCUCUCCGAGCAGUCGUACAAUGCAGAGGACAACGACUAUUCAGAGGACGAGGACGAGAAAGACGACGAGGAAGAUGGGGACAUGGAGACUGCCGCAUCCUCAUCGCCCGACUCCUCCCUGCCUCUGCCGCCCCCUAGCGGCAGCUCAAAUGAUUAGUGGAUUCAGGGCUCGCUCCAUAGGCCUAAGGACCUGUAAUCACCUAAGGCUUAAAGGCAUAUUGUACGAUUUUCAGUGAUAUGCACUUUUUAAUAUGUUGUUGAAAUUGGUUUUUACAUCCUGACAGCAAUAAAUAGCUUAUGGGCAAUGAAAAAGAAGCGAGAAAAAAA